AUGAAGCAUAUCACAGAAUCCUAUGCAAGAUGGCAACACAAACAGGCUGAUAAAAUGAGAUUAACCAACCAUAAGCUAAUACGCGAUUUCUUGGCGGAAACCCUUGGAAUGAUAGUCUUUGUCGCUUACUCAACUGGUGUUAUAGCUCAAGCCCAUCUCUAUGAAGGUGCCUUUGGUAUAUUCAUGGAUAUCAGUACUGGUUACGCCGCUGGUUGGGCAUUGGGGUUAUUCAUAACCGGUUCACGCUCACCUGGGAUGUGCAAUCCUUGUAUUGCCUUUUUGAAUAUGCUCACUGGUCGUCUUGAUCCUUUAAAGAUGCUUGUCUUCUGGUUAGCCGAACUGAUUGGCUCUAUUCUUGGGGCCCUUUUGGUUAUGGCUCUCUACCUGGAAAAGAUCUGGGAAUACACCAAUGAAAAGGAUAACGGAGUGCUAACAAUGAACUCAACCGGAGUUAUUUUUACUAGCACUGCAAAUAAUUCAACUGGUACUUUGGUGGUAGGACAAUUGGUUAGUGGAAUGUUCACGUUUAUUUGCAUUUUGGCAAUUCUGGAUAGAAAUAACUGGAAUCUUAGUCCCUUCUAUGUAAUCUUAUAUUCGGCUGUUGCUCAAUUCCUUGUGGUAAAUGAUUUCAGCGUCCAUUCAACCUCUAUUUUGAAUCCUGCUUUUGAUUUUGGAGGGAGAAUCGCUCUGUCCAUAGGAGGUUGGGGAUCGCAACCAUAUACUUACGCUAACUACUCCUUUUGGAUAUUUCUCAUUAUCCCCUUUGCUGGAGCAAUCCUCGGUCUUGUGCUCUACGAGUUAGUGGUUGGAAUACAUCUGCCUGGAGCUGGAAAAGAUUACGAUGAGGAAGUCAUUGUUGAGGCUGAAUGA